AAAUGCUCGAACUUGUGACUAGAUGCUAUUCUUCACGAGAAUUUUCACAUCAUUUACCGUUUAUCGGUUCUCAACCAAUUUGAACCGAUUUAUACUCGGAAAUUCCCAAAAUAGCUCAAAAGGCUCAAAAUCCACACAAUUAAAUUUCAGAUAAAAAUUAAUUAUCGGUUCAAAUCAGUUACCGAUUGAAACAGUUUUAUGAUUGUCAGAAAUUCUAAGCCAUUUCCGAACUCAAACAUACCUAAGAUGAUUUUUUUCCAUGAUCUUCCAUAUCAAAUUCUUUUUCUUCUUUCUCAAAUUUUAUUUACACUUUUUAUUAAUUAAAUAUUAUUUUAUGUGCAACAUUGAAAAUAUUUAUCUGUUAUCAGUUUUAUUCUAUAUUAAUCACACUGAAAAUUGUGCCUAAGAAUACUUAUCGUUUUUAACUAGAAUUUUUACAUCUUGAUAAAUUUGUAAUCUAUCUAUAAGAGGACCCAAUCGUAGCUGUGUCUUUUUACUUAUCUCAUGAGAUAAGUUCCAAAUGGGCUUCAGUAAACUUUGCCAUUCAAGACGAAUGGUUUUAUUUUCUUCUAUUGGUGAAGAGAAUUUAUAUAAAGUUGUUCUAACUGCGAUUUUCCGCAAUGGAAGGCAAUCAAGAUUAUUACUUCAGAUUGCAUAAAAAGUGGAAAAAAGUUAAAAGUUUUAUUCCGAAUGGUGGUACGAUCACGAAAAUUAGGAACUUAAUCAGCGAUACAUCAAAUGAAAGGCAAGAGAGAGAGAGCAUCCCCAUUGGAUCUGAUGCUCAGCAAAUUAACAAGAUAAUAGACCGAGAGGUGCUUCCUGAGGUGCCCCAGUGGACACAGAAGCAAGCAGAUAUAGUAAUGAGAUUGAGUCAAGCUAAAAAUUUUUACGAGUUGCUAGAUGUCCCAAAAACCGCAAAUGAACAUGAGAUCCGGACAGCUUACAAGAAGCUGGCUCUACAAGUGCACCCUGAUAAGAAUUACGCACCUGGAGCUAACGAUAUCUUCCAACGUCUGGCAAGUGCCGUAGCUACGCUCACGGAUCCGGAAAAGAGAGACUUUUACAAUCUUCGCAACGGCUGGAUCUUCUUGCCGAGCAGAGAUAGUGCGGAGUAUAAACAAGCACAGGAAGUAUUUUACGCUUCCAAAAAUGCUGCUGAGGAGAUUUACAAAAAAAUGUUCCAAGACGGAGAGUCUGUUUCCAGAAAUAAAGAACAGCGCAAUCGUGAAAAUAUGUGGUACACUUUUGCUUUUGUCAUCAUAUUCUUCUUAAUCCUCUAUUCAUACGACAAAAAGUUGCAGAGCUAAGAAUCCUGCUUGGAUGCUACAAUAGUCCCAAAACCAAAUUUAUCUUCAAGAACAAGAACACAAUUUUGAUUUUCUAAACCUUAUUAAAUAAUUAUUGUUUAAAUACCAUACUCCUAUAAAAAAAUAAAAUUAAUUGCAGGAUAAAUAAAUGAGGAGUGAUUAUUUUUAUGUUGGAAUGAGGAUAUGCAAUGUUAGGUGAUUAUAAAUACAUAUAGAUUAAAGUGAAUUUCAAAGCCUUUCCAACUUUAUCACGUUUGUUGCUAUUGCUUAAGUCAUUCAGCAGGAAUUUAAAAGAAAGGUCACAUUAGUGAAAAAAUGUAAUCGAAGAAGGUCGCCAUGUUAAUAAUCUCUGUUAACUCUUUCGCGUCAUUAGGGUCAUAUAUGACCCGGGGAAUAGAAGUUUUUUUUUUGACUAUUUACACUAAUUGAAAUCUAUCUAUAUUUGUGCACGACAUCAUAAUAGAAGGAUGUAAGAUUCUUGGCUAAUUUUCUCAAGACUCCAAAUAUUCAGGAAAAGAAAAUAUUUGAGAUCAAAAAUCACGAAUUUCGAACUUUGUGAAAUGACUUUUCUUUUUCAAUUUGUUUUUAUAUUCAUUUAUUUUUUUCAGCAAAAAGUUCUUUAGAAACACAAAAUAGAAUAUCCAAAGAUUGUAUAUUGCAUAUUUUGAUAUAAUAAACUACUCUCAAUUUUCCAGAAAAGCGCGUAGAAUUUUCCGGGUCAUAUAUGACCCUAUUGUCGGCAAGGGAAAAGUUUA